CAUUUUGAACUUUGGCUGAACACUGUAAAAUAUGUUGUGAUUACUAUAACGUUUCAAAAUCGUACAAAUCGCAACGAAACAGGAACAUUAUUGAUAGCAUCGCAAUUCGUCGUACUUUGCAUCGAUUUGGCUCGGAUCGUUUACAAGGUACUUACGGUGGAGCGGUGAACGAAUAAAUUACCACCGUUCUGUGCAGCGCACCGGAAUCCGGUAUUACCGUUGCGACAUUCGUUGCCGUCGAUAACAUUCCGACGCGCUCAUAUAACAGCGAGACACGUCGACGCAAGGCGUCGCAGUCAAUACACGGAUUUACGUCGCAAUUCAUAAUAGUCGGCGAAGUUCCGUCUUCGACUUCAUUCGGUUACGCAGCUGCGGGUGUUCAUAUACUUGCAAAGAUGAGCGAACAAGUUGAAAAUAAACCCGUGAGGGUCUGGUGCGACGGAUGUUACGAUAUGGUGCACUUUGGUCAUGCAAACUCGUUGCGACAAGCCAAAGCGUUGGGACAUUAUCUGGUCGUAGGUAUACACACCGACGAAGAAAUCACCAAGCACAAAGGUCCGCCUGUUUUCACAGCAGAAGAGAGGUAUAAAAUGGUAAAAGCGAUUAAAUGGGUUGAUGAAGUAGUAGAAGGUGCUCCUUACGUUACAACUCUCGAAACUUUGGAUCAAUAUAAUUGUGACUUUUGUGUUCAUGGAGAUGAUAUAACAGUUACAGCAGAUGGAGUUGACACAUAUCAUCUUGUUAAAAAAGCAAACAGAUACAAGGAAGUAAAACGAACUGAAGGAGUUUCAACUACAGAUGUACUUAACCGUAUGUUGUGUAUGACAAGACAACAUUUCUACAAGGGUGAUAAAGAAUAUGAAGUGGAAAAAGAGCAUUCCUCAGUGAUGGGUCAAGAUAAGGCUGCCAGAAGUCCAUGGACGGGUUGUUCACAAUUUUUACCUACUACAAAAAAAAUUAUUCAGUUCAGUGAAGGCAUAGAACCAAAACCUACUGAUAAAGUAGUAUACGUAGCUGGUGCUUUUGACAUGUUUCAUGUUGGUCACUUGGAUUUUUUAGAAAAAGCUCAUCAGCAUGGUAAUUUUCUUAUUGUUGGCUUGCAUACUGAUCCAGUGGUUAACCGAUAUAAAGGAAGGAAUUUCCCAAUUAUGAAUUUACAUGAACGAGUUUUGAGUGUUCUAGCCUGCAAAUAUGUAUCUGAAGUUGUUAUUGGAGCACCAUACAGUGUAACGGCUGAUUUAAUGAAACAUUUUAAUGUUGAUGUUGUGUGUCAUGGUCUAACACCAGUGAAAAUGGACAUAAACGGUGAAGACCCAUUUGCGGUUCCAAAAUUGAUGAAUAAAUUUGUGAUAGUUGAUUCAGGAAAUAAAAUGACAACAGAUUUACUUUUUGAACGUAUUUUAAUUAAAAGAAUGGAAUUUGAAGCUAGAAAUAUGAAAAAAGAAGCUAAUGAGUUGACAUUCAUCAAACAAGUAGAAGGCCAAUUAGCAAGAAUAAAAAUGGAAUAUGAUGCUAGUAUUGUGUAAGUUAAUUUUUAAUUGAUUUUAAAAUAUGCUGAUAAUAAUUCUUAUAAUUGAUCAUUCAUUCAAAUAAUUUUAAUAUUGUGUUACCAAUCAAUACAAUGAUCAAUUUCUGCUUUAUAUAUCUGUAUUUGUUGAUUGACUUUUAUUUAUUUAUUUAUUAUUAUAAUUAUUAUUGGCUAAUUAUACUACAAUACCUUUAAAUUAA